GCGCGAUUGGCUCCGAGAGAAGUUGAUGUCCAUCACCGUGUUAUGUGUCUCUGCCUGGAUGAGAGAUUACUUGAAUAAUGUUCUCACUUUAACUGCAGAAACAAGAGUGGAGGAGGCAGUUGUGUCUACUUAUUUUCCAGUUGUUCAUCCAGUCAUGAUUGCAGUUUGCUGUUUCCUUAUCAUUAUUGGAAUGCUGGGGUAUUGUGGAACAGUGAAAAGAAACCUUCUCUUGCUUAUAUGGUAUUUUGGAAGUUUGCUCGUGAUAUUCUGCGUUGAGUUGGCCUGUGGUGUUUGGACCUAUGAACAAGAAAUUACAGUUCCUGUACAGUGGUCAGAUAUGGUAACUUUAAAAGCCAGAAUGAUCAAUUAUGGCUUACCACGUUAUCAUUGGCUGACCCACGCUUGGAAUUUCUUCCAGAGGGAGUUUAAAUGCUGUGGAGUGGUGUAUUUCACGGAUUGGCUGGAAAUGACAGAGAUGGAUUGGCCUCCCGAUUCCUGCUGUGUGAGGGAAUUCCCAGGAUGUUCUAAACAGGCACACCAUGAAGAUCUUAGUGACCUUUACCAGGAGGGUUGUGACAAAAAGAUGUACACAUUCCUGAGAGGAACUAAGCAGCUGCAGGUGCUUCGAUUUCUAGGAAUUUCCAUAGGGGUUACCCAAAUUUUGGCUAUGAUCCUUACAAUUACUUUGGUGUGGGCUCUGUAUUAUGACCGCCAGGAUCCACGCACAGACCAAAUGCUGUCUUUGAAGAAGGAUGCCACUCAACACCUGUCAUGUCAUUCUGUGGAGUUAUUAAAACCCAGCCUGACAAGGAUCCUUGAGCAUACCACAAUGGCAAACAGCUUUAACACACACUUUGAAAUGGAGGAACUAUAGUGCAAUCUGCCAGUCUGUGAUUUCUACAGUUUGAAUAUAGCCAUCAUUUUGGAUCCUGGACACUACAUUUUAAGCUGUCAUGGAAAAGAGGGCACGGAAUGAAGAUUCUCUUAAGGACAAUUGUUUUUCUUUUCUCAUAAAACUUGUUAGAGUUAUAAUGCUAAAAAUAGUUUUACAGAAUAAGGACAAUUCUCCAUUUUUCAUGAGAUUAUAUGCACCAUGUGGAAAGUAGAUCACUAGUCUCAUAAUAUUGAGUGAGAAAAAUAGGCAGGAAUAAUUUUAGAGAUCUCACCUAUUUAAAGUUUUCACUUCAACAAUUCUGUUAAGAUUGAGGAUGGAAGUGUACAGUGUUAAAAGCCCCACAGAUGAUAGACGGCCGUACACAAUCAGCGUUCAACAGUUAUAUAUAAUUUUCCAUUUCAUUUUCAAGGAAUGGAAACGGGCAAGCCACAAUUAUUGAACAUGUUGCAUUCAGAUCUGCUUCCUUGCAGUUGUUAAUCACAGCUGAGAAAACCUUGAACUUGGACGUUUCAGAAUCUUUUUUAAAAAAAAAACCUCUGAAAAUACGACAAUCUUAUCAGUUUAAUCCACACAUGGAAUUGCAUGUGAGAAAAAUAAUUCACAGUAGCACUGUGGUCAUGAAUGUACUGAUGGCAAUGCCCUUUGAUACAGGAGAUGUAUAAUUUGCAUUUGAAAUGUAGCUAUCAGUGAAAUCCAGGCAUGAAAUCCAGUUACUUGACAGCACAUCAGUUCCCAACACAUGUGUAUAAACUUUGGAUCUUCCCUCUUUUGUUUGUGCAUUACAUCAUCAACAUUAAUGGAUUUUUCAAAAAAAAAAUCAUAGUCUCAUAUCCUGCAAGCAAGCAAAUAGUUGGUGUGUUCCACAAUAAAGACACAAAGAAUAGCUUCAGGAGAACCCAUGACAAUUGUUAUUAUUAAAUAAUGGUGGUAAUUGCCACUAAAAGAUCAGGGAUAGAUAUGUAUAUAAUAAAGGGCCUGUAUGUGUAAUAGAAUUGCUAUCAAUAUGGAAAUUUGGAUUUUUGUAAAGAGGAUAAUCUUAUUUUAGCAUCAUUUUGUUUAUUUUAGGAAAUAUGUGAAUCAUUUAAUUUUUAAUGACUUAUUAAUUUUCAAAUUAAAUUAUGUGGACUGAAGAAAAAAAAUUACAUAUUAAUACUUAAGUGUAUUUGUUAUAUGUGACAGGUAUGUGGGUUGUGUGUGUGUAUGUGUUUGUGUGUGUGAAUGUUCACCUUGAGAUAAUUCUGUUCAUAUGUUUAUUUGCUGAAACUUAAGUUAAAGAGGCCAUCUAUAUUGUUUCCAAAGAAAAGCUCCUUGUAAAAGUAUCCCAACUUUUCCCCUACCCUGCUUAUUUUUCAGUAAGAAAUUUGGAGAAUGAUUUACCCACUUAACCACUGAAAUCAAUGAGAACAAGCUUACUUAACUUUGCUUAGACUUUGUACUUAACGUUGUGGAAAUAUAUAUUCAUGUAUGAUUUGGCUCAUUUGAAUACCACGGAAGCAUUUCUUUUGUAGGAAUUUUUCUAUGGAUCACCUACCAGCUGCAUAUUUUCAUCAGAAUUUGCAUAUUUGAUGGGGGGAGGCUAGUAGAUGCCUAUUAGUAUAGAAUUUGUAUGGAUAUUCUUUUGUACUAUUUCAGUUUUGUAAUCAGAUCAGAUAUAUUGCUGCUUAGAGAAACUGUGAUUUGUUACAGUUUAACCAAAUAACAGCUAUUAUCUGUAUCUUCAUCUUACCCUUCUUCUCUACUAAACAUAGCUUGAAAGAUAACAUAAUUUGUUGAGUUUUUCAGUCUCCAAGAAAGAAGCUGAAAUUUAAAUACAGUCUGCAAAUUAGAAUUGUAAAUGAGAGUUUCAACUUUAAUUUGCAAAUCAAGAUUCUAGAGAGUAUGCAAAAAACAUUUUCCACUUUAAUUAUCAUGGGAAAUUGUAACUUAAUAAAACUGUGAUUUAAUAAACCCAGAGGUUUCCUUACAAGCUGAGCAUGCAAAGAAGCAGAAGGGGAAAAUGACGAACCAGAGAUUGAUCUCAUGACAGUAUUUACAUCUGCACUUUUGAUUUUCUAAAUACACAACAUGGAUUAGCUGAUCAAUAGGCUAAACAACAGGUUAUUUUGAAAAACUAUGUUUUUUUCCUUCUACUUAGAGAAUAUACAUGGGAGCCAAUCCAAAUUGGGAUUCUGAUGUAGGAGAGAAAAAGAGAUUAAACUAUUUGCUCAUGCAAUAUUUUGAUUUGAACAACUUGCGCUCAAAACGAGGUUCAAUAGAUAACUUUAAUAAAUUAACUUUUGGCAAUUAAAAUGGAAAGCAUGAGAGGCAAUUUUGAAUCACAGCAGAAAUCAAAGCCUCUUUCUAUAAAGAGAUAUCCUGAUUCCAAUUAGGUUCCUUGUGCAUAGGCCAUGUAAAUCUGCUAAUUUAAUUUUAAGGGAAUAUCUAAGCUUGUCCUUAUUUAUGCAAUUAAUUCUAGCAUCUUUAUAGAUGUCAAAUACUGGGGUGGCUUAAAUUCCCAUGAGACAACUUAUUUAUUGACUUCUAAAAACUGUAUCUUACUGUAUUUUAUAUGUACUAUAGAAUUAUUUUUUUCAGCUAGUUGUAUUACUGUUCUGCAUUUUAUAAGCAGGCAGUUGAAAUUAUUGUAUCUCCUGAGAGAUACAGUCUGGGUGUCAAAAUUAGAUAUCCCUCCAUUGUUCUUUGCAAGCUGAAAAUAGAAAAGGCCUGGGCUGAAGCAAAUGUUUGGAAACGAGCGCUUAAGUUAUUGACCAUGUGCCUUAUCUCAAGCAUGAUGCAUUGAACUUGUGAAAUUCUUUUAUUCUUACACAAUUCCCAUCAGUAGCAGCAAAGGAUGAAAGUGCCAGGGAUAAAUGGAAGUUUGUACUCUUGUGAUUUUUAAAUAGUCACAGCUUGCCCUGGACUUCAUUUUGGGCAAAGAAAACAAAGCCUAAUGUGAUCAGCAGUAAAGCCAUUACUGUCAUAUAUUUUAUAUUGUGCUGUUCAUUCAUUGAUUCAUUAAAAGAAUUGUCCUCAAAUUUCCUUUUGACUUUUAAUGGGAUUUAGCUGUUAGAUUUUUUUCUUCUAACCAGAGAUUUAUUAUGAAUGUAGAGUUAUUUGUAGCUUAUUUUUGGACACUGCUUUGCUAGUCUUUAAGUAAAAGAGGUUUGUUUUCUUAGUCAGGUAGCUGAGUGGAUUCUGCCUUUUUGAAAUUCUUACAGACCCCAAGAAUCACAGCCUGCCAUGCUGAGAUUGCUGAAAUCAAAGAUGACUAGUCAGGCCAACAUGCCAUCUAAAGACAUUUUCACUUUGCUUAUAAAGAGCAGUCAAGGAGAAAGUUGAUAAGAGUUUGGAGACGGCUCCAAUUUGCUCUUUCCUGUUUGGCCAUACUAAUAUAGUUUCAUUGCACCUACUGAAAAAUGCAAAUAGGUGUAAGUGUAGAUUAUGCAUAAGGACUAUACUGAGCAGAAAGUUUCCAUUUAAGUAUUGUUAGGUUCAUAAAAAUAGAAUGCAAGUGUGCUGUAUAUCCCAUAGAGCUAUGCAAUGUUUUAGAUCUGAUUCUUUAAAUUAUGUUUUGG